AUGUCUGCGCGUCAUCUCGGAAGGCCAUGUCUCUCCUUCCGGAGAUACCAGGCGCCAUGCAGGCACUGGUCGAGCUCCUCACGUCGACGAGCUGGUCAUAGCAGAUGGACCAAGAUCAGGCAUGACAAGGGCAACAAUGAUAAAGUGAAGGCUAAGGCCAGGACACAGUUGUCCCAUGACAUUAUUAUUGCCACCAAGUUUGGCGGCCCCGAUCCUACCUUCAACUCCAAACUUGCCAUUGCGAUUGCAAACGCCAAAAAGGGCCAACUCUCCAAGACGUCAAUUGAACAUGCCAUUGCGAAGGGCCAGGGCAAAUCUCCCACAGGCCAGGAACUUGAAACCAUUACAAUCGAAGCAUUGUUGCCGCAUGGCGUCGCCGCCAUCAUCGAAUGUCAAACCGACAACAAAGCAAGAACGCUUUCUGACAUACGCUUGAUCGUCAAUCGAGCUGGUGGGACCAUUACUCCGACCAUGUUCCUGUUUGAAAAGAAAGGGAUAGUUACAUUUGAAGAGCAAGACCAAAUCAAGCCUGAUGAUGCCUUAGACGAGGCCAUUGACGCCGGUGCCCUCGAUAUUAUUUCGGACGAGAACAAGUUGGUGGUUGAAACAUCACCGACUGAUAUAAUGGCGGUUACUCUGAGGCUGCAGGAGCGAUUAGGUCUCCGCGUUGAAAAGUCGGAAGUCGUCUACGUGCCCCAUGAGGAGUCAAUGGUAACCUUGUCGGAGGAACAAGAGCAAGAGCUACAGAAAAUACUCGACACGAUAGAAGAAGAUCCGAGUUCUCAAAAUCUGUACAUCAAUGCUGCGUAA